GAUCACGUGAUAAACAUAGCCUUGCAAAUAGCAACAACUGUCAUGGCGGAGACUGUGGUUAUAUGAUGAAAUGUAGCACUAUGACCAGCAGUGGGGAUAUUCCCUGUCCCCGCCAACCUUCACCCCACCACAUACAUCCACAGGGGUUAAAGGUUACACCACACCUUUGAAUGCAAAGUUCAUCAUAGAAAAUAUAUUAUUUAAGGAAGUUCUAAUUACAAAUAAUUCAAAAUGAAUCGCUACUCGAUAAUGAAACAGUUGGGAGAUGGGACGUAUGGAAGUGUACUGCUUGCCAAGAGUGCAGAAACAGGAGAGCAUGUUGCCAUUAAAAAGAUGAAGAAAAAGUAUUAUUCCUGGGAUGAAUGUUUAAGUCUCAGAGAAGUUAAGUCUCUGCGAAAAUUGAAUCAUGCCAAUAUAGUAAAGUUGAAGGAGGUGAUCAGAGAAAAUGACCAGCUCUUCUUUGUAUUUGAAUUUAUGAAGGAAAAUCUGUAUCAGAUGAUGAAGGAUAGAGAUCGUAUUUUACCUGAGUCAACAAUAAGAAAUGUAACCUACCAAGUACUUCAGGGAUUAGCCUUCAUGCAUAAACAUGGUUUCUUCCACAGAGAUCUGAAACCAGAAAAUCUGUUAUGCUCAGGUGCUGAUUUAGUGAAAAUCGCGGAUUUUGGUCUGGCCAGGGAAAUCAGGUCACGUCCUCCAUAUACAGACUAUGUGUCCACCAGAUGGUAUCGUGCACCAGAAGUACUACUGCGGUCCACAAACUACAAUUCCCCGAUAGACAUAUGGGCUGUUGGCUGUAUCAUGGCAGAACUCUAUACUCUCAGACCUCUCUACCCAGGCAGCUCAGAGAUUGACCAGAUAUUCAAAAUCUGCUCAGUUUUAGGUACACCUAAAAAGGAAGAUUGGCCAGAAGGGUCCAAAUUGGCUGCAGCCAUGAAUUUUAGAUGGCCACAGUGUGUUGCGACAAACCUGAAGAGUCUCAUACCAAAUGCCAGUAACGAGGCCAUCAUGGUAUUAAAGGACUCAAUGUUGUGGGAUCCCAAGAAGAGGCCCACAUGCACACAGUGUUUGCGGUACCAAUAUUUCCAAGUAGGACCAAACAAAGGUAUCAAAUCGGAAACUCAGUGGAAUGAGCCCAAGACAGUGGUGUCACCGAGUCCUGUGGCUGCCUCCCCUGUGAGGGUAUCACCAGUAAAGAAGGAGGAAAAUCGAUACUCGCCCCCAAAACCCUUCCAGGAGAAGGUGGAUUACGGCAAUAAAAUCAACGAUCCCUUCCCUUCUUAUGGCAAGGACAAGUUUGACAACGACCCAAUUACGGUGGCUGUGAAGAAGGCACCCCAGAAGAGUGGAGGAAGAAAGCGGUGGGGUGUUGGUGCCUCAGACCUGGAUGAUUUCGGGGAUGACCUAGACCUGAGCUUCUCUGUGCCUAGUAAACCUAAAAACACAUACAAAGGUAUCAUACCGUCCAUCAAGCCCAAGAAUGAAAACAAGAAACUUUACAAGGACUUUGAUGAUGAUGACGAUGAUGAUUUCCUAGGAGGCAUAAUGAAUAAGAAGCCAAGUCAGAGAAUGGCUCGGGUCCCAUCGGGGCGGUCGUCAGCAGCAUCCUCUGCCAAGCAGCACUACCUGGGGAAGGCUCGUUACCUACCAGGUAUUAACCCUCGGAACAGUGCCAAAAAGGACACGGGCAGUCCUUGGAAUACGGGCAUGAACAAAAACACAGUUGCUGGUACCAACGUGGGCCGGAACCCUCUGCCACCACUGGGAGGACCAAGCUACAAUUCACGUACAAAUCAAGAUUAUUCUUCUCGAAAUCAAGAUAACUCAUAUGUUCCAUCAUUUCUUUCACCAUCCAAAGGCAAUGCAUAUUCCAAUGUGAAUUGGAAGCGAGCACAGCCAUCAGGCCCAAUGUCACUGAAUAAGAACUCAGCUGGCUUUCGGCAACCUGUGGGUGCCACCAACACACGGACAGACUGGGCUGCAAAGUAUUUAAAGUGAUGGAAUUCAGUAACAUAUAAUGACAACUAAGUGCCAAGUAUGGACAAUGUACUUUAGAUGUUACGAAAACGUCUGGCGGCCAGUGCUAGUGAUAUAUUGGGAUUAUCUUCAGUGAAUACUUGUGUCAAGUCCUUCCUCUGACCUACACAUGACAGUAGCAGUUGGCAAAGCUAUGGAAUGGCGAAAUUAUGUACUCAAUUUUGUUGGAAGUAUAUACUUUCAAUUUCAAGUUUUAACUUCAUUAUGCCGUGUUCAUUUUAUAAGAAAAUGAGGUUAUUAGUGUCUUUUUGAUUGAUAAUGAAGUGUUAAAUGUUUAAAAGGUAAGAUAAAAAGACAUUAUGUAUUA